UUAUUAGGAUCUGUAAUGCUAGGUUAUCAAGGCAAACAUUAUAGAGGUGACAAUGGUGUGGGGAUAAAGACCGACCCCGCUCGGGCCCCGGCCCCCGGGUCGAGAGGCCGUGCCUCGGCCCCCACAGAUGGAGCUGUGCGCGCGCCUCUGCAGCAGACCGAGGAGUCGGGCGGCAGGAACGAGGAAGUGAGUUCAUCCCUGACUCAACACCGCAUACGACGCAGCAGGACGGGACAGGAGCAGAAAAUGUCAGCAGCUGCUCCACAGUCAGCGAGCGCUGUCGGGGCCAUUAUCCGGGAGUGGAAAGAACACCCUUUCACCAUAAACCGGCCGCGACCAGGUGCCCCUCGCAAGGUUUCCGACCGAGGAGUCAAAAGAAUAAUCCGAAGAGUUGUCCGAGAGCCAAGGACCACUCGCGGAGAGCUGCAGAAAGACCUGGAGCUAGCAGAGCUGAGGCUGGUGGUGCUGGGCCGGGCUGGAGCAGGAACAAGCUUAGCAGGCGGCACCAUCCUGGGCCUGCAAGACUCCGAGCAGGGCACAGAGGCAAGCGUGAGCCAGGAGUGCAGAAAACUCAGAGGGGCUGCUGCAGGCAGACGGGUUGUGGUAGUGUCCAGUCCGGCCUGGUUCGGAUCAGGCUGCAGCCCAGAGGAAAGGAGAAAACACAUCUCCUCUUUCAUCGCCUUAUCCAGCCCUGGGCCGCACGCCUUCCUGCUCUGCGUCCCCGUGAACCAGCCAACUGAUGGAGAGGCAGAGGCGCUGGCUGCCCUGCUGAAGCUGUUUGGCCCCGCCGCAGUCGGCAGAAACACCAUCGUGCUGUUCACCCACACGGAGGAGCUGGAGGAGGAUGAGCGGCUGGACGAAUACCUUGCCACGUGGCGCAGAGACCUCCAGGAGCUGGUGGAAAGCUGUGGCGGCCGCUACCACACCCUGGAAACCCGCGGCGGAGAAGCGGGGGAGAGGGCUGUUGAGGAGCUGCUGGAGAAGGUGGAGCAGGUAGUGAGGGAGAGCGGGGCCCAGCACUUGAGCUGCCCCCUGUACCAGGAGGCUGAGGAGAGAGUGAGGGAGAGGCAAGUGGAGGUGGUGAGACAGAGACGAGCAGAGGAGCUGAGCAAGCAGGCGUCUCCAACAGACCCACAACCAGAGGAAAAUGUCACAGAAGAGGACAUGGAGGCAGUCUGGGAAGAAGCAGAGAGGAGCAUCGGUGACCUGAAUGUGGAUAUAGAUGAUAUUUUCCCCCCCACCAGUGUGUCUCCUUCCCCCCAGGCCCCCUCUCUCCUCGGGGGCCUGUGGGAGAAGCUGACGGGCUGGUUGAUGUGGCUGCCCAGACUGGUGAGAAGGGAGGCCCUGUUCGGAGCCCUGGUCGGCCUGUUUGUUGGAGGGCCGUUUGGCGGCAUGGUGGGGGCCACUGUGGGAUCAGUGGCCACCGAGGUGGGGAGAAGGAAAACACAGAAAACUAAAUAAGAGGUAAUCUCGUAUCGGUGUAUUAUGGCGCAAACCUUGAAGUCACUUCACUGUGUUCUGCAGACAAGUGUGUUAUUGAGCUACAGGCUUCACAGCUAGCGCGUGCCAGGAGAGUAUUAACCACUGAACUCCUGCAGUAUAUUCUAUUUCAGUAAGGUUACCACUCUAUAUUAUCAAAUGACUUUAUUUAUGGUUAAUAAACCGUGGUUCAUAGAUCAAACACAACCCAUUAAUAAGAACAAUAGCAGUAUGUUGGGUUGUCACGUUUUAAUAAUCCAUUUGGCUGGUUUAUAUCUCAAGAUAAUAUAAUUUGCUCCAUAUUUAGUAAUAGUAAUUACAUAUUGACGGCUCAACUGACUCAGUUAUUGAACAAGUGAUGAACAUAAAUUAUUAAUUCAAACCUCUUCCACUAUUUGAUUCCGCUGGAAAUGCAGAUGUUGUUAAACCUGCAAUAACAGAUUGGUUCUAUCAGGGGAAAUAAGCAGAACAUUGACGUAUCAUCAAUACAUGUUUAUGGUGAUGUGUAUAUAUAGCAAAAAGCAGCUUUUUUUCCACAGAGCUACAUUAGCAGUGGAGUUUCUGGAGACCAAAUGAAUAUUGAAUCCAAACUUCACUCUCUGUUAACUAGGUCUCUGUCUUCCCAAGCGAGUCACUAACUUGUUUUGGUGCAGGUAAUCAUUUUUAAAAUAUUUAUAUAUGGUUUAUAUAUUUUAAACCUGAAACUACUGCCUCCUGCGGAAUAAAACUGUGGACAGUGAACUUAUCAUGCAUAAAAAGGGGGAAAGAAACAAAACAUUGAGUUCAAAGAAGAAGAUCUGCAGAGCUGAAGUAAAAAUACUGAGUCAGCUGAUAAUGUGUUUGUCAAUACGACCAACACCUUUCAAAUUACAUGUAAUCAUUUGGUCCAUUUUUUUAGGAACACAAAAACAUUGAUUAAUGCAUCUUUAACCAAAAAAACAAAAAGGAAAAAAAGUGUCAGUGUUGGAACACAUGCAACAGCCAGAUAGCUUCUUCAUUACCUGGCAACCACGCUAUCCUUGCGAUUGCCUUAUUUGUAAUCCAUAGAGAAACAAUAGGUUACUUAUAACGUUUCAGGAGGACCAACGACAGCAGAAGGUUCAAAAUCACUUCAGGAAACACUUGAAUGGGCAAAACUCAGACUCAUCCACUAGGUGGAGACACUGACCUCAUUAUUGGAGAAGUUGAAAUGUUCGAGGUGAACUGAGAGACACUUUAUUUCCUGCUUACCAAGCAAAUAAAAGCUGCUGUUUUAAGAACA